AUGUAUCACCUGAAUUCAACUACAGGUUCCAAUUCAAUCUUCAAUGUUUCGAAUGCCUUGGACGAACCCCCGCGACUUAGCGCGCAAGAACAGAUGUGUUUGAUCAUCAACAUCAUCUUGAACAUCAUAAUUUGUCCGUUCACUGUUCUUCUCAACGCUUUAGUGAUAAUUGCAGUGAAAACAAGACCAACACUUCAGAGCUAUGCCAAUAUUGUACUGGCCUGUUUAGCUGCGACCGAUGCAGUGAGUGGUGUUCUGGCACAACCAUCGUUUAUUCUGUACAUGAUGUUGUUGUUACUCGGAGUGGGUGGUAAAAGCGCUGAAGACGCNUAUGCCAAUAUUGUACUGGCCUGUUUAGCUGCGACCGAUGCAGUGAGUGGUGUUCUGGCACAACCAUCGUUUAUUCUGUACAUGAUGUUGUUGUUACUCGGAGUGGGUGGUAAAAGCGCUGAAGACGCAGCAGAAAAUUUCCAUUUCUCUUCCAUACGCGUUGUGCUCGUCUGUUCAUCACUUCAUCUGAUAUUGGUGACUUACGAGAGGGUAAUUGCGAUUAAAUUUACCAUGUACUACCCUAUCUUUGUCACAAGACAUAAACUCAAGAUGGCAGUGGGAAGCUUUUGGUUCCUUUCAAUUUCGUCUGAGGUACUAAAACACGCCAUGGACAACCCUUUAUAUUCAAACGUUAUAGCGGUCGUGGCUUUAAUUUCUUGUGUUGUUUUUAUCUCAAUUUCUUAUUUUUUAUUGUACCAAGAAACCCGCCGACAUCAGAGGAGAAUGAAAACUGAGCAAGUACCACAAGGAGAAGUAAAACGAUUUGCCAAAGAGAGCAAAGCCCUCCAGACAACUGUGUUCGUAGUAGGAGCUGUUCUAAUGUGUUUUUUCCCUAUUUUCAUACUAAUUUUAUUAGUAAUUUUGUGGUCGGGUCCAGCUGUAAUUGCAGCAAGUUGGUUUUUUGUUUUGACACCAUUUGUUCGUACAUUCAGCAUGUUCAACUCCUUCCUCAAUCCACUAAUUUACUGUCUGCGACAAAGAGAAAUGAGAAAAUUCGUAUUAAGAUUUCCUAAAUCAAUACAAGUGGUACAACCCGCUGAUAUUGGAGAGAUUUAG